AUGUCCGACUACGAAGAUGAGAUGGACGUGGAUGCGCCCGCGGUAGACAACUCGAUUACUUUCGGUGGAGACCAGAAGAAGGGCAAGAGGAGCGCUGCAAAUCUGCCCGUUGAAGCGGAGGAUUCCCUGCCAUGGGUAGAGAAGUACCGACCAAAUUCCCUCGAUGACGUCGAAGGCCACAAGGACAUAAUAGCAACCAUCAACAAAUUUGUAGAUUCAAAUCGACUACCCCAUCUCCUCCUCUACGGCCCUCCAGGUACCGGAAAGACAUCGACCGUCCUCGCACUCGCACGCCGCAUAUACGGAAACAAGAACAUGCGACAGAUGGUCUUGGAGCUGAACGCAUCAGACGACAGAGGUAUCGACGUUGUGCGGGAGCAGAUCAAGACAUUCAGUAGCACAAAGCAGAUCUUCUCUGCGGCACCCAAGGCGGGAGACUCAUCGCUGGCAACGUUCAAGCUCAUCAUCCUCGACGAAGCCGAUGCCAUGACUGCGACCGCGCAGAUGGCCCUGCGACGAAUCAUGGAGAAGUAUACCGCGAACACACGCUUCUGCAUCAUCGCCAAUUACACACACAAGCUCUCGCCAGCGUUAUUAUCACGAUGCACGAGGUUCCGAUUUUCCCCGCUGAAGGAUCAGGACAUCAGGAACUUGGUCGACAAGGUUAUUGAGGAGGAGAAGGUCAACAUCACGCAAGACGCAACCGACUCGCUCGUCACGCUCAGCAAAGGAGACAUGAGGCGAGCACUUAACGUUCUACAGGCCUGUCACGCAUCAAGCACGCCGCUUCAGACACCCGGCAAGCCCGCACCCGACCCAUCCACGAUCGUGCGCGACGAGAUCACGCAAACUACCAUCUACGACUGCAUAGCUGCACCACACCCGUCAGAUAUCAAGUACAUCAUCGAGACGUUACUAUCGAAGAAUGACAUGACAGAGUGCUUGCGCACGGUCAAUAACCUGAAGAUCAUGAAGGGGCUCGCGCUGGCAGAUAUCCUGACCGCGAUCAGUGAGGAGCUAGUCAGCAACGACGUGCCGCCGCAGGUCAUGGUGACUUGGAUGGCAGGUCUGGCAGACAUCGAGUACAGGUUGAGUGGAGGUGGUAACGAAGCCAUACAAACGGGCGCAGCGAUCGGCGUUGUGAGGACAGGUGUUGAACUAUUGGAGACCGGAAAGAAGUAG